GAGGAGGAGGAGGAGGAGGAGAGGCAGCCCCGGGACAGCUGCGCGGGCCCGGGAGCACCGAGAAGGGCUCGGCCCCAUUUAAGAGGGAGAGAGAGGGGAACGAGGAGGAGGACGAGCGGCAGCUGCAGAAGCUGCAGAAGGUGCAGCAGCUGCAGCAGCUGCGGCUGCCCCCGACACCCGCGGCGACCACCGCAGCGGAGCAGGAGCGAGCAGCCAGCUCCGGCCGGCCAGCGGCAGCCAAGGUCCAGCGGCAGCGAAGGUCCAGCGGCAGCCAAGGGUCCAGCGGCAGCAAAGGGUCCAGCGGCAGCAAAGGGUCCAGCGGCGAGGAGUCGCACCCUCGCAGCACGCUUCGCGGUGCCUCGCAGCCGCCCCGACCCCCUGGAAUAUACGUCGCCCGGCCCCCUCCCCCUCCCCGCCCCGUCGAGCGGCCAACUUUUCCGGGGAGGGGGCCGGGGAGGGGGAGAGCCUGUCGGCUUCAUGCUGGUCGCCUCCACCUCCCCGCCGCCUCGGUGAAGCCAAGGGGGACCCCGGGGGGUGGGGGGGACGCCCGGGUGGGCGAGGAUGGAGCGGGGCCCCGGCCUGGGGGUGACCCUGUGGGCCUUGCUGGCCCUGCUGGGGCUGCGGGCCGGUCCCGGGGGGUGUCAGCACUACCUGCACAUCCGCCCGGCCCCCAGCGACAACCUGCCCCUGGUGGACCUCAUCGAGCACCCGGACCCCGUCUUUGACCCCAAGGAGAAGGACCUCAACGAGACGCUGCUGCGCUCGCUGCUGGGCGCUCACUACGACCCGGGCUUCAUGGCCUCGACGCCCCCGGAGGACCGGCCGGCCGGGGGAGGAGGGGCGGCCGCAGGAGGAGGUGCAGGAGGAGGUGGUGGAGAGGACUUGACCGAGCUGGACCAGCUGCUGCGCCAGCGGCCGUCGGGGGUCAUGCCCAGCGAGAUCAAAGGCCUGGAGUUCUCCGACGGGCCGCCCUCCGGCAAGAAACACCGGCUGAGCAAGAAGCUGCGGAGGAAACUGCAGCUGUGGCUGUGGUCGCAGACCUUCUGUCCGGUCCUCUACUCGUGGAACGACCUGGGCAGCCGCUUCUGGCCCCGCUACGUCAAAGUGGGCAGCUGCUUCAGCCGAAGGUCGUGCUCCUUCCCCGAGGGCAUGGUCUGCAAGCCGUCCAAGUCCGUGCACCUCACUGUGCUCAGGUGGCGAUGCCAACGCCGGGGGGGCCAGCGCUGCGCCUGGAUCCCCAUCCAGUACCCCAUCAUAUCGGAGUGCAAAUGCUCCUGCUAAGGGCGCCUCGCCCCCUUCCACGCCCACCCAGUCCGCCCCCUCCCCACCCCCCCAAAAGCCCAACUCCGUCCCCUCUCCCCGCCGCAGGACAUAACUUUAGGGUUCAUGUUAUGCACUGUACCUGUAGGAAUGUAUAUGUGUGCGUGCGUGUGUGUGUAUAUAUAUGGUCCCAGUUUUACUUAUUAAAAGGUCAGUAUUAUACGUUUAAAAAAAGUUACCGGCUUCUACUGUAUUUUUAAAAAAACAAAAGAGGAAAAAAAAAAGAAGAAGAAGAAGAAGAAGAAGAAAGAAGGAGAGAGAAAGGCGUGUUCUUCUGUCCGUCCCUAACGUUACCUGCUAUUUAUAUUCCAGAACACUUCGCCCGGCGAAGCAGGAAAAAAAAAAAUAUUUUUUUUUUAAAGUACAAAGAGGAGAGGAAAAAAAAAACUUUGUAGAAGGACUUUAAAAAGAAGAAGAUGAUGAUGAUGAUGAUGAUGAUGAUGAAGAAGCUAUUUUCCAUUCUUCGGAAAGUGUACCGGUCUCCUGGGCUCGGAGGAGCCGUAGAGUUCGAUGUUAUUUUAGUUAUUGUAAAUAUAGAGAACAAAUGGAAUGACUAAUCGUUGUAAAUUAAGAGUAUCUGCUAUUUAUUCUUUAUAAUAUCCCUUGUAGUAAAGGAGAGAAAGAGAGAGAGACGGCAGAACUGAAGUAAACCACUAAAAUCUGAUUGA